AUGGAUUAUCUACAAUUCAGGUCUGAACCUUCAGGCAGACAUAAGAACAAGAAACAUAUAAUAAUUGUCGGAGCUGGUAUAAUCGGAGUUUGCACAGCUUAUUUCAUCACAAAACAUCCGAAAUUUGAUUCGGACAAAUAUCAUAUAACUAUUAUUGAAAGUAAAAGAGUUGCUGGAGGAGCAAGUGGGAAAGCUGGUGGAUUAUUAGCAUUAUGGGCAUUCCCUGAACAAAUCGUAUCAUUAUCAUUCAAUUUACAUCAAAAAUUAGCUAAUGAAUAUAAUGGAGAAGAAGAAUGGGGGUAUAGAAGAUUAACUACAGUUUCAUUAGAAGGUGAUAUAUCAAAAAUAAAAUCAGAAUCAAAUGGUCCUAAAAAAUCACGAAAUACAAGAUCAUCAUCUGUUAUACUGUUAGAAAGUCAAGGAAAAACUUUACCAUCCAGUUUAAAUUGGAUAAAUUCUGAAGUGAUUACAAAUUGUUCCACAUUAGGAGGUACAGAUACAACAGCUCAAGUACAUCCUUAUAAAUUUACAAAUUUCAUAUUAAGAAAAGCAGUAGAAAGUGGAGCAAUAGAAUUAAUAUUGGGUAAAGUUGAAGAAAUUACAUAUUCAGAAGAAACUGGUACAGCAACUGGAGUUAAAUAUCAACCUACUUCAAUAAAAGAUGGAGAUAAAUAUGAUAAACAAAUAGAAUUGAAAGCUGAUCAAACAGUACUAACAGUUGGUCCAUGGACUUCAAAAAUUUUACCAGAUUGUCCUAUUUCAGGAUUACGUGCACAUUCAAUAACUAUAGCUCCUUUUAAAGAUCAACCAGUAAGUCCAUAUGCUAUUUUCACAGAAUUUAAAGUUGGUCCUAAUUCAUAUAUAUCACCUGAAAUAUAUGCAAGACAAGACGAAGUAUAUGUAUGUGGAGAAGGAGAUUCAGCGGUUGAUGUACCAGAAACUACAGAUGAUGUUGAAGUUGUACGAUCUAAAUGUGAUGAAUUAUAUAAACAAGUAAGUAAAAUAUCUCCUAAUUUAGCAAAAGGUCAUAUUUUAAGACGUCAAGCUUGUUAUUUACCUGUUUUGGAUGUUCCUUCAUCAAGUGGUCCACUAAUAGGUGAAACUAAUGUCACAAAUUUAUUUUUAGCUUCUGGUCAUUCAUGUUGGGGUAUAAAUAAUGCUCCAGGUACAGGUAAAAUAAUGAGUGAAUUAUUAUUAGAUGGUAAAGUAAAACUGGCUGAUAUUACAAGUUUAGAUCCUUCUUUUUAUUUUGAUGCCAGUGUAAUACUAGAAUGA